UACACAAUGACAGGCAUUGGACACUCCCAAAUGUGCAUCCACACCUCCCGAAUGCCACCGCUAUUGUUAGUUGUUCUGCCACAGUAAUUCAGGCAGGAUUCGAUGGCUAUAAAUCCCUUGCAUGUAGCAGCGGUUGAAAAUCAUUAACCACUCAGUAUGAACACUCUCUAUUACACCCGCCCUUUUGCACCAGUACACAUCGGUAUCAGACUAUGCUUUUGCGGCAAGCCGACAGUGGAAGAUCACGACUUUUGCUUUUGCUCCCCCCAAUGUGCUCGCGCUGAUGCCAUGCGUGCCCUAGGUGAAGAUGACUGCCAUUAUCGCCAAGUCAUGCGGGGGGCAUAUGCCAACUCGGGUGCCCCAGAGCCUGCGAUCUAUAGGCACAAGUCAGAGAAUCAGCUGCGCAAUGCGUCGAUCGCGAGGCGCGUUCCAGGCAUGUCACAGGGUCUUCGGCACCCCCCCAAGCCAACACACGAGAAGACCCUCCCUACACUGGAAGAAGCCACAAGUUCUAGAGACAGGAGAGUUCAUGACACUCGGCGACCCUUCGAGUCUCGGAACGAAGGCGUUGGCCUAAUUGCUGCGGAACCAUCUGCUCCGCCUCAGCGAACCCUCAAGCGCUCCUUGCCCUCUAGAGCCGGGCUUAGCAACGGCGUCCGUGGCUCAGUCCUUGCGAUGUUCCGCAACAAGAAUCAACAAACUGCUCCACUCAACGUAAAGAAGAAGGCGCCCGUUAUCAACCGAGAAUCCUCGGUCACUGCAGCCGUAUUGCGGGACAUGGAAGAGGAAAACGAGGAAGAAGCUGCUUUGUGGAAACUGCUGAAUAGCACGGAAGACAGGUCUCCUACUGCUUACCCACAAGCCAGACCAAUUACUGCAACCCGGCGAUCAGGUGGCAUUCGUCGCUCGGCUUCGUUUGCAGGUUGGAACGACCAAAUAGAAAAUCGGAAGCCCUUCGAAAAGGAUAGGGGAUCUGUAAUGCAGUCAGUUUUCCAACUUCGCAAGAUGUGGCAAGAGACGCCAGAUCCAAUGCCGAAUUUUGAUGAGGAGUCGGACGAGGAGUACUAGUAAUCAUUCUGGAGCUCGAUAUGACCUUUUAUGCCACACCCUAUGUUACGACUAUCACGACUCAAACAAUGCUUUAUGGAUAUGUACCUCCUUAGCUCUGCGAUAUGAUCCUGCUGGUGUAUUAUCAUGUAAUGUCAUCCUUGAGCUGGCUUUACGGUGUUGUGUCGUGAU